AUGUUCAUGGCGGUGUCCACUGGGGCUUGGUGGUCUUGGACCACUUGGACCUACAUCCGAUCGCUCGAAGCACGCUUGGAGACCCACCUGGCCGCUUUGGAAGCGGGCCUUGAGGUGAACAAGCGGAUCAAGGGCGUCACUUCAGAGCCAAGUCCUGAUGGGCAAGAUGUGCUUCCAAAGACUUUGCCCAUGCGCUUGCCAAGGCGCUUGUCCGAGAAGGAAGUUACGGUGGCAUCAGAGGACUUUGACUCAUGGAAGACCUACCUCACGCAUGGACAUGGUUGGUGGUUCGCCUAUUUAAACUCCGUGGUGCAGUUUGGCGACGAAACGGGUUGUGAAGAGCUUGAAAUGCCUUUCUAUUCCUACCAGUAUGGGGCACCACUAUGUCAGGACAUGAGUGUCAUUGAGAACGUCACCAAAUAUGCAAUGGAUGGCAAUGAAGAGCGGCUCUUCUCUGUACUUGAGAAGCACCCUGACCAGGACCUGAAAGAUUUGGCCCUGGCUUCAGCUGCCUUUGGCUUGCCAGUCGUCAGAAGAAUAAUUGAUGACGAGCUGGAUCGUGCUUUUUUUGAAAUGCAGUAUGCAAAGGAGGAGUGGCGUCUUGGUAGCCGCAAAGAAAUUGUCCGACGCUUGUUCACAGACGGAGCAUCUGGCAAUUCCAACUUUGUUGACGUUGGCUUUAAGCUUGCAAUGAAGGAGGAACUUCAAGUUGAGCCUGAACUGCUCCGAUUGCUUACUUGGGGAACCUUGAGGAGGUGGCUUUUACCAAGUCUGUCCACUGCUAAGUCCAAUCCCUUUUCUUCUUUUUUCGGCUUUCAGAUGGCCCUGCAGCAAGCAAAACUUGGCCAUGGAAUCAAGGGUCUUCCGGCGUCUGUCUUCCAGUAUGCCAUAGAUCAUCCAGAAUUUCUUGAUGAGAGGAGCAGUGAAGAUCGCACCUUGUUGAUGGAGGCAAGCUCACUGCAUUCUUGUGCUGAGCCAGGAAAGGACGAUCCUCCUGACAACCAGCCUGCUUUGGCUCGCCGCCUUCAAGAAGAAGAUCCGUGCCAACUGCCGUACUACACCGUCAAGAGUAUGCAUGAGGCACUGGGUGUGUCCUUCACUGCCAUGGACGAGGUGGGCAAAAACGCUGCGAUGGUGGCUGCGCAGCACGGAGCCUUGGACAGAGCAAAGGGUCUUCAGAGCGCCAUGCUCGAAGAGGAAAUGAAGAAGCAGCCGUGGAUCUACCACUUCCCAUUCAUGCUUUCUUUUGUGCUGGUACUGCACAUGGCGCUUGCCUUGGUGACCUUACUAUUUGACUGCUGCUCCGGUGGAUGA